AUUGCUUGAGGAAUGAGCAGGCAAGGGAAGGGAGGGAGAGAAAGUCACCCACACAAAAAGCAGUUUUCUUUUUCACUCUCUCUCAUUUCCUUUCCUUUAUAUCAGUUUCCUCACCUUCUCAAUUUUUGGAAGAGACAGAGAGAGGAAACUGAAUCCUUUCUUUUCCAGCUCAAAAAUCACACCAACAUUUUUUUCUUGGGAAAGUGAUUAUCGCAGAAUCUGAGGGUUUUGUAGGCAGAACUUCAGGUUUAGCAAUGAAGAAGGUUCCUAAGAGCAGCUGCAAGUCUGCAUCACACAAGCUCUUUAAGGACAAGGCAAAGAACCGUGUGGACGACCUGCAGCUGAUGUUCCUGGAUCUGCAGUUUGCAAGGAAGGAGAGCCGUACGGUUGAUGCUGCAGUGCUUGAGGAACAAGUCCAUCAAAUGCUUCGCGAGUGGAAGGCUGAGCUCAACGAGCCCUCGCCUGCUUCAUCGUUGCAGCAAGGUGGCAGCCUUGGGUCAUUCUCCACCGACAUCUGUCGGCUAUUGCAACUUUGUGAGGAGGAAGAUGACGCCUCUAGUCCAUUGGCUGCUCCUAAGCCUGAACCUAAUGAUCAGACUCUGCAGGCUGGGGUCAUGUUCCAAGAGGGCCAACAGCAACAUGAUUUCCCAUUGGUUGAUGAGUGCAAACAGUCCACCUCAAGUGUUCAAACUGUGGCAGCUAACAACCCGGAUGGGCAUGCUUUAGAAUAUCAUCAGUUUGAUUUGCAUCAGGACUUUGAUCACAGCUUUUAUACUGGUUUUAAUGGUACAGGUUACUGUGAGGAGGGUGGCAUUCCUCAUAUAUCUAGCUAUCUACCUAGUAUCUGCCCUCCUCCUUCUGCCUUCUUGGGCCCAAAAUGUGCACUUUGGGACUGCCCAAGGCCUGCACAAGGGCUGUCCUGGUGUCAAGACUAUUGCAGUAGCUUUCAUGCUGGUCUAGCUUUGAAUGAAGGGCCACCAGGGAUGGCCCCAGUUCUACGACCUGGGGGAAUUGGUUUGAAGGAUAAUUUACUUUUUGCUGCUCUUAGUGCAAAGGCACAAGGUAAAGAUGUUGGCAUCCCAGAAUGUGAGGGAGCAGCAACAGCAAAGUCUCCAUGGAAUGCACCUGAUCUCUUCGAUUUGUCUGUUCUUGAGGGUGAGACUAUUAGGGAGUGGCUCUUCUUCGAUAAGCCUCGGAGAGCAUUUGAGAGUGGAAACAGAAAGCAGAGGUCAUUGCCAGAUUAUAGUGGACGCGGUUGGCAUGAAUCUAGAAAGCAAGUGAUGAAUGAAUUUGGAGGGCUGAAGAGAUCCUAUUAUAUGGAUCCACAACCACUGAACCAUUUCGAGUGGCACCUUUAUGAAUAUGAGAUUAAUAAGUGUGAUGCAUGUGCAUUAUACCGAUUGGAACUAAAGCUUGUUGAUGGGAAGAAGAACUCCAAGGCAAAGGUAACAAAUGAUUCAGUUGCUGAUCUGCAGAAGCAGAUGGGAAGGCUCUCUGCUGAGUUUCCACCUGACAACAAAAGGGCUGCCAAAGGCAGAGCCAAAAUUAAUACCAAAGUUGGCAUAGGUGGUGUCUAUUUAGCUUCACACAGAGUGGCUCCACUAAAUGGAACAUACGAGUAUGGGUUAGCUGCGCCAUAUGACUAUCUUGUUGAGAACAUUGGUGACUACUAUGGAACAUGAUCUAUAUUGGAGUGAUGUGCAAGAUGCUGCAUUCAACUUGGUUAUACAUUAUUCUAUGCUGGUUUUUAUUGUCCACCUUAAUUUUCAAUUUUUCUUCCCUUCUAAGUUACAAAAAGUCCAAGGUCUUUUUUUUAGCCUGGUCACGAUAUUGUGAAUAGCUCAUUCUCACCGGAGUGCAGCAUUAGGAGCUGCUGGAUGCUGAAUUCUAACUGCAAAAAUUGCUGUAUAUCAUAAUUAUCAGUUUGGUGAAUGCUAGAAUCUAAUUAGCAUCGCCUGAAUUGUCCUGUUGUUUAGGCUCAUAAUUGCUAUGAUUCAGCUGACUCUAUUUUUCAAAUCAUGCUAAUGUAAGUCAAUUACACUAUUUUAAGGUAUUGGCCACCGGACAAACAUCGAAGGAACGUGAUAUUGGCUCUAAUAAUAAUGUUUCAGUACCCUUCUGAGUCAUUUU